AUGAGGAGUAGCCAGAUGUUGCUCCUGGCGAUCGCCUUCCUUGCCCUAGCAUCAGAUGUGGCAACGGAGGCGUCAGUGGGCGUUGAAGGAAUCCCUUGUACGACAAGCAUUAUCCCGUCGCCAAAGCCAUGUGAUAACAAUAGCUGCAAUCAGGCAUGCAUCGACCGUGUGUGGGUCGGCGGAUAUGGCGAGUGUGUUGCGGGGGCGUGCAAGUGCCAGCAGUGCACAUACAUUCCUCCCAAAAAUGGAAACUGAUUAGCUAUGAUUGGAUGUCAUGUUCAACUGAAUAAUGUGAUGAGAUCGUAAAUGGUGUAGCAACAAGGUUGUUGACCGA